AUGCAUUUCUACCUCAAAAUCAUUCAUUACCACAUAUUUCUACCUCAAAAUCAUUCAUUACCACAUGAGGCAUGAAGCCGGAUCAAACAAUUAGAAUGCCUGUAAUUCAAACAUUUGACAAUAUCAAACGAGCAUCGGAGGAUCUUGAAGCUGGCAUACACAAGAAGAGGAUUCAAGCAGAACCAACCUUGCCUAUCUAUCUCAAGUUUACGGACGUGACAUACAAGGUGGUUAUAAAAGGAGUGACAUCAACGGUGGAGAAAGAAAUAUUGAAUGGGAUUUUUGGUUCGGUGAAUCCUGGAGAAGUUUUGGCAUUGAUGGGGCCUUCGGGGAGUGGAAAGACUACACUUCUAAGUCUGCUCGGUGGCAGGGUGAGAGGGUCGACACCAGGAGGUUCAAUUACUUAUAAUGACCAGCCAUAUUCGAAGUUCCUAAAGAGCAGGAUAGGAUUUGUGACCCAAGACGACGUGCUCUUUCCUCACUGUAAGGUGAGGGAAACAUUAACAUAUGCAGCACUCCUACGACUUCCAAAGACAUUGACAAAACAAGAAAAGGAAAAACAAGCCAUAGACGUAAUCGACGAGUUGGGCUUGGAGAGGUGCCAAGACACUAUGAUCGGUAGCUCUUUUGUUCGGGGAGUUUCAGGAGGAGAGAGGAAGCGUGUCUGUAUUGGCAAUGAGAUUAUAAUCAACCCUUCUCUUUUGUUUCUUGAUGAACCAACCUCUGGCCUGGAUUCUACAACUGCUUUGAGGAUCGUUCAAAUCUUACAAGACAUAGCUGAGGGCGGGAAAACAGUGAUCACCACAAUCCACCAGCCAUCCAGCAGACUCUUCCACAAAUUUGACAAGUUAAUCCUUCUUGGAAAAGGAAAUUUGCUUUAUUUUGGAAAGGCAUCAGAAGCAAUGGUUUAUUUUUCAUCCAUUGGAUGCUCCCCACUAAUUGCCAUGAAUCCAGCAGAGUUCCUGCUAGACCUCGCAAAUGGUAACAUAAAUGAUGUCUCUGUACCAUCCGAAUUGGAGGACAGAGUGCAAAUGGGAAACUCAGAAACAGAGACAAGAAAUGGGAAGCCCUCUCCUGCAGCUGUUCAUGAGUAUCUAGUGGGGGCUUAUGAGACAAGAGCAGCAGACAAUGAGAAAAAGAAGCUUAUGAUUCCUACACCAAUUGAUGAAGAACUGAAGUCAAAAGUAUAUACUUCAAAGCGAGAAUGGGGAACAAGCUGGUGGAAACAGUUCUCCAUAUUAUUCUGUAGAGGACUCAAAGAACGGCGCCAUGACUAUUUUAGCUGGUUGAGAAUUACACAAGUUCUCGCUAUUGCGGUCAUUUUGGGAUUGCUCUGGUGGCAAUCGGAUGGUAAUAGCCCCCCAAACCAGCAAGAUCAGGCGGGGCUGCUUUUCUUCAUUGCUGUCUUCUGGGGAUUUUUUCCAGUCUUCACAGCAAUCUUCACAUUUCCUCAAGAAAGAGCCAUGUUGAACAAGGAACGAGCAGCCGACAUGUACAGACUAAGCGCAUAUUUUGUGGCUAGGACUACAAGCGACCUUCCUCUGGACCUUUUACUGCCCAGUCUUUUUCUUCUUGUGGUCUAUUUCAUGGCAGGCUUGAGAAAGAGUGCUGGUCCAUUUUUUCUAACCAUGGUUACGGUGUUCCUCUGCAUUGUGGCAGCUCAGGGACUUGGACUAGCUAUUGGGGCUACACUGAUGGACUUAAAGAGAGCAACAACUUUGGCCUCUGUAACAGUAAUGACCUUCAUGUUGGCCGGUGGAUACUUUGUGGCGAAAGUUCCAGUAUUCAUAUCAUGGCUCCGCUAUCUGUCUUUCAAUUAUCACACAUACAAACUUCUUCUGAAGGUGCAGUACGAACACAUUACGGACUCAAUCAAUGGAGUGAAAAUAGACAGCGGUUUAACUGAAGUUAGUUGCCUCCUGGCCAUGGUUGUUGGUUACCGUCUCUUGGCAUACCUAUCUUUGCGAAGGACAAAGCUCUAGCUGGGAGGUUAAAGGAGAGAAGAUUUUUUGAGCGAGGGACAAAGCUGAGCACAUUAGCUAGCUUGUGCUUUCUACCAAUCGAAGAGCUAUCUUGAGAAGACUCUGAGUUACAGGGUCACAAAUUGGAAACUAAACCACUGAUCCAGAACUUUUAUGAGUUUUUUGCACCUCUAAGAAACCUAAACCCUUAGGUCAUGUUUGUUUAGACGGACUGGAUUAGCAUUCCCAUGACUAAUAGUCCUAGGACUACGAAUCCGUUGGAUUAUGUAUCCUCUCUUAACUAAUAGUCAAGUUUAAAAUAAUUAG